AUGACUGAGGUAGAUGACAUCGAAUUCAAUGAAAUAUCAAAAAAGUCAGAAUCUUGGCAAAGUCGAGUUGAGCAGGUUGGAUUUGGUCAGUCUCAAGGCCAGGGGCCAUUUAAGUUGAGGUCACCACAGCAACAGUCACUUCGAGACAUGUCUGGAAGGCAGUCGAGAGAGGGUGAUUUCUCUCACGGUUACGAUCAUCGAUUUCCUGAUUCGCCUUGCAGGUCUCCAGAUUAUUCCAGUGGUGAUCCUGAUUCGAUGCCCCACUUGCGUUAUGGAAUUCGAUAUUAUAACAAUCCUGAUUCUUCUCCUUCUAAUCCUCCACGUUCCACGUGUUCAACACCCAACUUGUCGGCUCCACCAUCACAAACUCCUCCUCCUUCACAGACCUUGUCUCCCUGGAAUUAUUAUUAA